CCAGUUCAGGGAGUCGAACGGAAACUGCUGCUGUGCGCGGAGCUCAGCCUUGGCUGGAGUGAUGAUGAUGAACCAGAGAGAUCCGGGAGAAGCUCUGGUGGACAGCAUGCUGCCCCAUGGACUGAAGGAAGAAUUGCUCCUGGUGCCGGGCAUGCUGCUUCUGCUGCUCUCGCUGCUGGCCGCCUUCCAUGUGGUGAAGCUUCUGGUGCAGGAGCAGCUGCGACAGAGGCGGCUAGAACCGCCAGGCCCGUUCCCAUGGCCACUGGUGGGCAACGUGCCUCACCUGGGCAGAGCUCCUCACUUGGCCUUCGGGCGCCUGGCGGCCACCUACGGCAACAUCUUCCAGCUGCGCCUGGGCAGGUGGCCCGUAGUGGUCCUGAGCGGCGAGCGCGCCAUCCGCGAAGCCCUCGUGCGCCAGGGAGCAGCCUUCGCGGGCCGGCCACCUUUCCAGUCCUUCCAGCUGAUUUCUGGCGGGCACAGCUUGGCCUUCAGCGGAUACUCGGAGCUGUGGAAGCUGCAGCGGCGCCUGGCGCACUCCACGGUGCGGGCGUUCUCGGCGCGCCGCCUCGUGGAGCGGCCCCUGUUGGCCGAGACACGUGCCGUGGUGCGUCUCCUGGUGCGCGCCUGUGCCGAUGGCGCCUUCGUGGAUCCAUCAAGGAGCCUCGUUGUGGCUGUGGCCAACGUCAUGAGCGCCCUCUGCUUUGGCCGCCGCUACAGCCACGCAGAUGCCGAAUUCCGGCGCCUGCUGAGCCGGAAUGAGCAGUUCGGGAGCACAGUGGGUGCAGGCAGCCUGGUCGAUGUGCUGCCCUGGCUGCAGCACUUCCCCAACCCAGUGCGCAGCGCCUACCGUGCCUUCCGCUCCCUCAACCGCGAGUUCUACAGCUUCGUGCGCCAAAAGUUCAUCCAGCACCAGAACAGCCUUCAGCCUGGCGCAGCCCUGCGUGACCUGAUGGACGCCUUCAUCCGCCUCCAGCAGGCGCAGCCCGGCCUGCCCGUGGAGCAUGUGCCGGCCACCGUCACGGACAUCUUUGGCGCCAGCCAGGACACCCUCUCCACCGCCUUGCAGUGGUUCUUGAGCUUCCUCAUCAGGUACCCAGAGGUGCAGGCUAAACUUCAAGAAGAAAUAGAUCAAGUAGUUGGCAGAGACCGCUUGCCCUGUGCUGAGGACCAGCCACGUUUGCCUUAUGUCAUGGCUUUCCUUUACGAAUCCAUACGUUUCAGCAGCUUUGUGCCAGUUACCAUUCCUCACUCCACCACCGUUGACACCAUCCUAAUGGGCUACCACAUUCCCAAAGAUACAGUGGUCUUUGUCAAUCAGUGGUCAGUGAAUCAUGACCCAGUGAAAUGGCCUGCCCCCGAGGAUUUCAAUCCUGCAAGAUUCCUGGAUGAGAAUGGGUUGUUCAACAAAGACCUUGCUAGUAGUGUAAUGGUUUUUUCCAUGGGCAAACGUAGGUGCAUUGGGGAAGAGUUAUCGAAAGUGCAACUCUUUCUCUUUAUUGCCAUAUUGGCCCACCAGUGCCAUUUCACAGCUAAUCCAAAGGAAGACUCAACAAUGGAUUUCACCUAUGGCUUGACUAUUAAACCUAAGCCCUUUACACUCAAUGUCAUGCUUCGGGAUACCAUGGAUUUGCUGGAUAAUGCAGUGCAGAGGCUUCAGGCAGAAAAGGAAUGCGAAAGUUGCCUGAGAAAUAUAAGCACAGACGUUUGAACACUGCCUGUAUAACUUGUGCAAGGAUCUUGUUCCAUCCUUCUCUUUUUAUAUUUAAAUGAAAUGCAUUGGAAUAUAAUGUAUUCUGGAGAGUGACUAGCAUAAUAUGAAGUAAAGCAAUACUUUGGUGGGCUGGGCGGGUCUGGAUUUGGUUUGUCAGCUGCUAAGCUUGUGACAUUUAUUGCCUGCCAGAAAUAGCCACAGUAUUCUCCAAGGCUGGUUUUCCCCCAAAAUUUUAAAUCUUAAUUCCUGAUCUUUUAAAAAAGAUUCUGCAGCCCAAUGUAGAAAAUGUGGUGCUUUAAUAUCUGACUUAGCAGCUCUGUCAUCUAUGCUGCCAUGCUGGGACUGUAGUUGUGAAUGACAAUUGUAUUCCAGUAUUCAUCCAUUACAAUUCAAAAACCUAUGUGUGUAUAUGAGAGACUUUAAAAAAUAAGCACAAAUUCAUUUGGAAAGGUACUUCACAUUUUCUUAAGGAAGCAUACUGCAUAGCAUUUCUUUAAUCAGCAAUGGACUUAAGACAGCAAUGAGUUGCCUCUUUACCUCUAUCAAACAGCGCCAGCUUAUCCCAUGUAUUGAGAUACUGUAGCAUUUUUAAUUGAAUAAUCAAAUAAAAACAGUUGGUAUUUGACUAAACUAACUGUCAUUGGUCAAGAGCUCUGUUAUCACCAUUGAGAUGUAUUCAGAAAUAGAGUUUGUUAAUUAUGCAUCUAAAAUAUAUUGUAUAAAUUGAGGUUGGUUCUAUGUUUUUUUUAAAAAGCAACAUGAGUAAGGAAUUAGAAACACUCACAGGACCAGUUCAGACAAUCAGCUAAUCGUAGUUAGGAUUCAGAAUGCAACCCAAAGCCACAAAUUCCCACCUUCCCUUUCACCUUUAUCUCCUCAGCUCCACUGUAGUGCUAUGACCUUGAUUUGACAUCCUGAUUUGUUUAGAUCACAGCUCCAUAAUUUAUGCAAAGCCAGGAGCUGUGGCUUAACUCUGGUUUACAAGUCAGGAUGUUAAACCUACUUCAAACUCUAGUUUAACGUCCUGAUUUGUAAGCCAGCAUUAAACUACAGUUCACAGCUUUGCUCAGGAUUCUCCACUGAGCAAGCAGAGGAAGGAGUGCACAGGUUCAUUAGCCUCUGGGCUGCAUUUUCAGUACUGUCUACGGUUAGGUUUUUUGUUGGGUGUUUAAAAAAAAGAUAUUAUACAUCUCCUAAUGGAAAGGUGUGAAGGAUUUGACACUGUUAAAGAAAGCUCACUUUUUCUUUUAUGAUAGACCCAAACUUCACACUGACAUGUGGCAGGAGGAUUGAUCCACCUUUCAUUUCAAAGAAAUAGGAUAGCAGUAGCCUCCAAUAAUAACCAUAUACAGCUGUUCUCUAGUGGCCGACUGGAUUGUAGCAGACCUUCUCUGGCAUAUUUGCCUCACCUUUUGGCCCUGCUUGACAUUUUCCAGAGCAGUUUUGCAUAGCCCGAUCAGUACUCCUCGAAAUCAGGUGUUUUUUGUCAAAUCAGGCCUAUAUGCACUAUGUGCUGUGUAUUUUGGCUCCUAUUUCAACAUGACUUCCAAUGCGCAGAUGUCCUGAAGCCAGGAGAGAAAGCAUGAUUAUUCUACAUGCUAUUACCCCAUCUACAUUGUGCUAUGGUCACUAAAUAAAAAUAUUGUCCAUAUUUUUCUGUAAUGUGGGACCUGUGGAAUCUAUCAUGGCCAUUCAACUCAUAGGUCCACCACCCCAGUCCAUUUUUUUUGCUGAACAUCAAGCAGCAAAUGUUUGCCUUCCACCUGGAAAGUCAAGGUAAAGCUGAGGCCAAAAGAAGCAAGUUGUAAACUACUUUCUCCUUUACAGGUUUAAGGCUUCUUUUAUUAUAUCCCCUAACAAAUACCUCUACUUUUUAUAUAGUACUUCUUCCCUAAGCCCUGCUGAAACCCAAGAUUUCAAAAGUUGUCACAAUUCUGCAAAUUAAAAUGUGUGCACUUAAUUUGCAAUGCAUAAUUUAAUAAUUUACGUAAUUUAAGAGAACGUCUUCUUCACUAUGAACCACACCGUCCAUUGAGAUCAUCUGGAGAGGUUUGUCUGCAGUUGCCACCAGCUCGUCCGGUGGCUACUCGGGGACGGGCCUUCUCCAUUGCUGCCCCGAGGCUUUGGAACACACUUCCUGCUGAAAUAAGAGCCUCCCCAUCCCUUACAACUUUUUAAAAGGCCAUCAAGACACAUUUGUUCACCCAGGCUUUUAAUCAGAUACUGUUUUAAUUGUGUUUUUAAUAGAUGUAGCAUUUUUAGAGUACUGUAAUGUUUUAACCUUCUUAUUUGUUGUUUGUAUUGUUUUGUUGUAAACCGCCCAGAGACUUGCAUUUUGGGCAGAAUACAAAUGUGUUAAAUAAAUAAUAUAAUAUAAUAUAAUCCUGCAGCUGCACGGAGCGUUCUGCCUGCUAAUACGUUCUUUUUAGACAUGCAAAGGAUUCUGUCUACAAGAUAACAAAAAACUCAUGAUGUGGCUGACAUACAGCACAAGGAUGCACUGGUGCAGCAAGAGAACCGUUUAACAGAACUAACCACACCUGUGCAGCAGGGAAGUGGCAAUGUUUAACCCUCCCUUUUCCCAGAAAGCCUUCUGUGCCACCUAAAAAUAUGUCCCUGCAGAUUGCACAGCUCCUGGGGGCACAUUUUUGGGUAGCACAGAACAUAGGAAGCUGCCAUAUACUGAGUCAGACCGUUGGUCCAUCUAGCUCAGUAUUGUCUUCACAGACUGGCAGCAGCUUCUCCAAGGUUGAAGGCAGGAAUCUCUCUCAACCCUACCUUGGAGAAGCCAGGGAGGGAACUGGAAACCUUCUGCUCUUCCCAGAGCGGCUCCAUCCCCUGAGGGGAAUAUCUUACAGUGCUCACACUUCUAGUCUCCCUUUCAUAUGUAACCGUGGCAGACCCUGCUUAGCUUAAGGGGACAAGUCAUGCUUGCUACCACAAGACCAGCUGUGGAAGGUGUCAAACAUUGCCACUUCCCUGCAGCACUGAUGCAGUUGGAAAGUUUGGUUAGCCUGCUCUCUGGCUGCACCUGUACAACCUUGCUCUGUAUGUCAGUCAUGUAUAUCCUUUCAUUUCAAUUCUUUAGCUCCCUAUAGAACAUGCUUAAAAUGGAAAACAUAUAAAAAUGAAGAGGGGAGUAUCCCCAGAUAUUUUCUACAUGCUAAAAUAAAACUUUUGAUAUCCCAGAACUUAGCCUCUGCCUGUGAAACGUUCUGUAUGACAUGAAACAUUUUCAUUUUCAGGUCUACAUUAGAUUUGUCUUUAGGGUAAUACUAUUUCUUCCACUUGUAUUUUAUUCUAUGAUAUGUUGGCCUAUCUGCCAUAUGAUUAAAGGAUGUGUGUCCAGCAUCACCUCCUGUUCUCCUCCUGACCAUGGUGGGGGGAGGGUUUCUCCCAAACCACCAUUUCACAUGCAAGCUAAUGUGUUUAGAUGAUAUGUGAAGAGGUGAUAUGGAUAACAGCCCCCCCCCACGUUAUUAGUAGAAGGGAAGUGUGUGUCAGUGGGGGUGUACAGGGUGAACACAUGCACACAUCCUUAAUCGCAAGGUAAGCAGACUGGCUGGUACAUAUUUUCUGAACUGGCCAGGAGUGUAUGUAUAUCAAAGAUGAUGUAGCAUUCAAUAGAAUAGUUCCUAUAACUAUUGGGUUACUAUAACUAUCAUUGCGUUUAUUUUAACAAAUGUUGAUUGUAUAUUUAAUUUUACUUUUCAUAAAAGCUUUAAGAGCUGGUAAAUAUAACACUUGUACAUGCCACUGAAAGAGAAUUGUAUGGAUAUCUCUAACAACUUUAAAUACUACUGCACCAGAUUUUUCUAUAGAUUUAUGGUCAAUUUCUUAGGCAGCCAUUAGACCUUUUGUUGUUUUUAAUAGGAUAGGUGGUUGUAUUACCUGACUAUUAAAUAAAACUGUUCUUUUACUGCA